AUGAGCAACACCACGGUCAACGAGAAGGUGCUCGGGGAGUGCCUCAAUGAGAUCUCCCGCGCGCUCCUGCAGUUCGACGUCCGGAAGAUCGUCAACCUCGAGACCCUCGCCGCCGGCACCAACAUGCAGCGCAUCAUACAGCAGGCCGUCUUCAGGGAGCUCUACAACAUGCUGGAUCCAGGGAAGCCGGUCUUCAACCCCAAGAAGGGCUAG